UCACUCUCCAAACACAGAAGCAGUAACGGUUUAUGUCUAGCCUAUUCUCUCCUGUGGCACCGUGGAGGGCAGAAACUUGAGCAGCUGACUUUGGGCUUUCUAAUUAAAUGCAGAUUGUGUCAUUUUUCCUGUUAGUCUUUGUUGUUGUUUUUCUCACAGGGGGAGAGUUGAGAUGAAUCGGUUAGAGAGUUUUUGCAGCGCGUAAAAGUUGUGGAUGGUUACUUAUGUGCACACAAAUUUAAAGGACUAUUUUAUCUCCAGCAGUUGCGGUAUAAAACGAGAGCAGGUGAAAUUAUUCUCUCAGCAAAAUAUCGUCAACAAGCAGGCUGGAAGACCAUCAGCUCCGGAGAACACAGCGAAUCCGCAGAGUGCAGAUGAUCGCAACUGGUGUUUGUGGUGUCGCGCUGGUGCUGGUGUUGGUGGUUCUGAUCCCGGUGGUGGUGAACGCCGCCGGGACACCUGCCCGCUACGAGAUGCUGGGGUCCUGUCAAAUGGUGUGCGACUCCCACGGGACCGCGGCCACGGACACAGCCAAGACAACCAACACCAUCAAAGAGAACCGACUCGCUCAGUCGCUUCCGACUUUCAUCCAAGGUCCUCAAGGAGAGCCGGGGCGCGUCGGGAGGAUGGGUCCGAGGGGUCCUGUUGGCGUGCCCGGGCCCCCUGGAGCUGCUGGUCCGCCCGGAACUAGAGGGGUACCGGGUCCACCCGGAGCACCUGGAUUAAACGAGCCUAACGGAGCCAUCAGUGCUGCUACUUACAACACAAUCCCAAAGAUUGCGUUUUAUGCAGGACUGAAGAAGCAGCACGAGGGAUAUGAAGUGUUGAAAUUUGACGACGUAGUCACAAAUCUGGGCAACCACUAUGACCCCUCUUCAGGGAAAUUCACCAGCUCAAUACCGGGGAUUUACUUUUUUGUUUACCAUGUGCUGAUGCGAGGAGGAGAUGGAACCAGCAUGUGGGCUGACCUCUGCAAAAACAACCUGGUGAGAGCCAGUGCCAUCGCCCAGGACGCCGACCAGAACUACGACUACGCCAGCAACAGUGUUGUCCUGCACCUUGAGCCCGGGGACGAGAUUUACAUCAAGCUGGACGGUGGAAAGGCGCACGGGGGCAACAACAACAAGUACAGCACUUUUUCCGGCUUCAUGUUGUACGCUGACUGAAACACUGGACAGAUGCUCUGCAGGGGGUAAAGAUCUGCUCUGCAUAGCUUACUUCACCGCUCAUGCUCAAAUCACUGUCAGCUGGAUUAUUAGAGGCAGAGCUCACCAUUUACAUCCUGCAAAAAAGUCCAGAAGGAUGUGGAGGACGUCAUUUUAAAAAUAAAUAAAGAACUGUACUUUGAAACAGCAAAGAGCUCACUAUUAAAUUAUACAGGGUUGAAUUGUACACUUGUGAGAUUGAUUGUGUCGCUAUUGCACCCUGAUUUGUAAAACAUACUGUACAUGCUGCCGUGGUAACAUGAGUGAAUGUAGACUGAAAGUUCAAUGUAUUGGCCUCAGCACUUAAUUAUAUAUACUCACAUAAUCACCACUCUGUUUACACUGUUAUUAGUCCAUGUGUGCUUUAUUUUUCAAAAAUAAUUGUUGGUUGUUGCAUUUUGAGUGAACAUUUUAAAAGCCGUAGUAAUGCAUGAUUAUAGACGAUGACAUUUGAACUCUGCGCAGCAUAGAAAUUCUUCUGUAAAGGGCCAUCCUGGUGCUCAAAUUGAAGCACUGUGACAAAAUAACCAUUUUAACUCGUCUCAAUAUGACAACUGGUAACAGGAUGGUCUGGUGCUUAGUCACAUUGACAGAAAUGUUUCCUUGAUGUUCAUUGAUCCGCCCGCCGAUUGUGAAGCCCGUUCAUAUAAGACUGUCAACUAAUGUGUACAAAAUCAUGUCAAAAAUAAACCUUCUGUCUCAUUUUG